AUGUUGCCCAAUAUAAAGGUACAGACAAGAAAACCAACACCCACAAACAGCCAAGAGCGAAAUGGCAGUUUGUAUAGUCGCGGACUUCAUGUAAAAGAGCCCGUGCUUUCUAAUGCAGUCGUCAACUACCAGCGCCCUUACAGUGUAGAAUCCACUCAAAGGAAUAGAGGAUGUGAACUUUGCGUCAGUGGUAUCACUCGUGUUGAAACGUUUCCUCGCUUACCAGUCCUGCUUUCAUUGAAUUUGAGCGCCACUGCAGUGACUGAUAAUGAUUUGAAAGGUCUUACUGCAAGUCGAACUCUGUUAAGAAUUUUUCUCGACGAUUGCAAAUUUUUGACUAGUGUAUCUGCAUUGUCUUCCAUUCCAACACUUGAAGAGGUUCAUCUACGUGGAUGCUUGGGGAUAACGAGUGUCGGUGAUCUCAGCACUCUUCCUCGCCUACGCAUACUAGAUGUUAGUAAAACUUCUGUGACGAACAAUGGCUUGGAGGAUCUUUCUGCAAAUUCCACCCUGGUGAGAAUCUUUCUUGAGGACUGCAGAAACUUGACUUCUGUCGGUUUUCUGAAAGCUAUAGCCUCACUUGAAGAAAUACAUCUUCGUGGAUCUUACCAGGUGAAGAACAUUGGUAGUCUUGGAUUGCUUGCGGAGUUACGCACGCUUGAUGCAAGCAAGACCUCUGUAGCAUAUACUGACUUGAUGGGGCUUGGUGCCAGUCAUAAUCUGGAGAAAGUUCUUCUUGAGGAAUGCAGAAUCCUGGCAGACAUAAAUACACUAACUUUUAUUCAAGCACUAAAGGGUGUCUUUCUUUCUGGAUGUAUUCGAUUGACGAACGUUGGCGGUUUUGGCUCAAUUCCUGUGCUACAUUCGCUUGAUGUAAGUGGAACGUCUGUUACAAGUGAUGGUUUGCAUGGUUUAGCGGAGAGUCGUAGUUUGGUUUAUAUUUCCCUUGCAAAUUGUGUUUGCUUGACAAGUGUAUAUGAAUUGUCUUGUAUUCCAUCACUGGAGGAGAUUCAACUUGGAGGAUCUGUCACGCUGACAAGUGUAGGCUCCCUGGGCUCACUUCCAGGGCUUCGUUUGCUCAAUGUGAGUAAGACUUCUCUGAGAGACGAUGGUUUGCAGGGUUUAUGUAGAAGUCCUAGCCUUGUCAAGAUUAUACUUGAGGAUUGUGUUUGUUUGACAAAUGUAUGUGAGUUGUCUUCCAUUCCAACGCUGGAGGAAAUUCAACUUGGGGGAUGCAUCCGUGUUACUGACGUUGGUGAUUUGGGUUUGCUUCCUGUACUGCGCUCACUUGAUGUUAGCAAAACGGCUGUGACCGAUGCUGGUCUAAAAGGUUUGGGUGAGACGCGCAGCUUGACGAAACUUGUCCUUGAGGAGUGUGGAAAUCUAAAAAGUGUACGCACAGUUUCCACCAUUAAGACAAUGGAAGAAAUUUACCUUCGUGGGUGCAUCCGGAUAACUGCUGUAGGUCUCCUGGGUGGACUUCCCGCGUUGCGACUUCUCGAUGUAAGCAGGACUUCUGUAACAGAUGAUGGUCUGAACGGCCUUGGUGUGAGUCGUAGCUUGAUGUAUAUUAAUCUUGAAGAUUGCAAAAGCCUUACCUCUGUGGCCUCUCUCACCUCCAUUCAGACGAUUACAGAGAUGAACCUUUGUGGUUGUACGAGGGUAACAAAUGUUCUUACAUUUCCAGUCAUAUCCAACAAAGCUCGCUCAAGAUGA